AUUUCAGCUUUUGGCAAUUCCGUCAAAUGGCCGUCGGGAAAAUACGGUCUACCUAUGACUAAAUCUGGUUGUCCUGGGGCUGACGGUUUCUCUUGGGAGACCGGAUAUAUCUAUCAAGAUUUGGAGGAUGACAAAAGCCUUACGGCGAAAUCUCCAAACUUUCACCUUAAUGCUUCAGUACUGAGUUCGGGAGAUGUUACUCAAAGCUUCUGCUUCAAGACAAUUACGACCGGUGCUGUUGAUAACGGUCGAUUUGGUUGGACUUACGGUCAAUACUGCAUUUAUAAAAAAGGCUCUUCAUGUCCAGGCUAUCUACGAGAAGGAAUCGUCUUGUGGGAUGAUGAAAACGGGAAACAUGGAAUAAAUUUGAAUUUCAAAUCUGGUACUGUCCCUGCUGGAACGUACAAAUCGGAUACUGAGAUAAGGUUUUGUUGUCAAGAUGUUGGAUCGUACAGCGAACCUAUCGAGCUGCCAAUAGACAAGCCUUUCUAUCUGAUAGCUUUUAACAGUAGGAACUGCCAAGAAGUUUUGAAAACAACACAUACGUUGGAGUAUAUACUGUAUGACACAGAGAAUGAUCACAAUCAUAACCGCGCGGUCUAUUCUUAUCCUUUUGGUGCGGAUCUUCAAAAUCCCUACAUUUAUUAUUGCUAUUACCAAGGUAAGCGAUGGUUUUCUGGGUUAUUUUUGCUUAAGGAAAUCUAGACAGACUGUAUGUAAAAUUACAAAACUUGUAGACUACUUGGGACUGAGACAUUGAAUCCUUUUCUAAUGGCCAGUUCCAUGACCUAAUGAUGAUUUGUGCCCAACUAACUUAUGAGGCAGAGGAAGUGAGUUUAAAGAGCUUGGGUUCGCACCUAGUUCUACUGGGUUGUGAUAAGCUUGCUGCAUGGUGCUUAACCAUAGAACUGGGUGUAGUGGAAAAUUCGAGUACAAAAAAUUAAAUGGAAUAUUUAACAAUCUUCAUUCCCAACCUUCUUGGCAAGCCACCAAAGUUAGAAGAAGAGAAAAACUUCCUGAAAGCUUUGAUCAGAUUAAACUUUUAAUGCUGUUUCCCCAAUCACGGGAGGAAAAAACGGGUUCAAAAACGAUUUUUUUUAUGGGCGUUGUGCAUAGUAUCUAUACUACCGUGACUCUGAAGAUAAAGGACCUCGCAUGGUGGCAUCAAAGUUCCUCUGCCCAUUCAUGGGUACAUAACUGUGCCGUGAAACUUCCACGAAAAAUUGGCAAAUUGUUAGAAGUAGCCUGUUAUGUCCUACAUUUCGUACGGGGGAGUAGCUUUAAUAAUCCUUGAUGUUUCAUGUUAUGAAAAGCGGGAAAACUUCUGGUAGUGUUACAGUUAUGUGACUUGAGGAAAUAGUUGUCGGUCAAAGAACGUCUCACAAGCUGGUUCGAUUCAUUUCCACGUAUUUUCUUUGCAGCGUGUAGAUGGACCUUAACAGCAUUGAAUGGUUCCUUCUCAAGUCCAAACUAUCCAUCUCCAUAUAAGGAAAAGGCCUGGUGUGAGUGGCAUAUCAAUGUCCCCUGGAACUACAUAAUUUCAUUGACAUUUGUUGACUUCCGUUUGGAAACGAGUGAUAUGUGUCUCUUUCAAAGCUGUGAUUGCGACUAUGUAGAGAUACACGACAACUUUCCAAAUGGAACGUCUGAACUAACAGGGAAAUACUGUAUGGGUGUGGCGUAUCCGCCUGGGGAUAUCCGGUCAAAAACCAAUAACGUUACAGUUACAUUUACCUCAGAUGGUACUGUCCAAGACGUGGGUUUUAAGGCUGAAUAUCAUGCUCUCCAGCUUACAAGUAAGAAUAGUAGC